AUGCAUUACCCUUCCAUGACUCCAUUUUCUCAGCGAUGUAUACGACUUGAUGACAGCGAUGAUGAAAUCGAACAGUUGCCCCAAAUCACAAUUGAAGAACACCAUUUUCAUUCAUCAUUGUUUGGUCAUCAAUUUGCAGUGGACACAUUGCAAAAUUCCAACUUUCAUCAAUUGUUGAAAAAUGUCGACAAACUAGAAAUUUACUGUGACGCACCGCAUGAAAGCUUUUAUGAGUCAACAUCGGAAUGUUCGAUAGAUGUGUCGAUGGAGGAAGCUUUCCACUUUCCCCAAAAAAUCAGCUCUAGACUGCCGACAGAAACGACCAUAAAUCAACAAAUUUCUUCGGAAAAUAUAAAGAGCAUGUGGUGUCGCAUGGUUUCUCACUACCUGGAAUGGGUAGCUGGAAUACCGGAGCUGAGACUUAUGGGUGUUCGGGAAAAAGUGAAGUUGAUUACUCGUCAAUUAUGUAAUAUUAUUUGUCUGACAGCAUCAUACUGGACGUACAAGCGUGAUCAUGAUGGUAUCAUGUUUGCGAGUGGAAUAUGGUUCAAUCCAAGAGAAAAUUGCGACAAUAUUAUAAGAAACUACGUCACGUCUCUCGCUAACGUCAUUCACACUCACGUCAUCUCGACAUUUCGAAGGUUAAAAGUGGCGAGAGAGGAGUAUCUCCUUCUGAAAUUGAUCGUCCUCUUUGAACCUCUUCACGUUCAGUUUCCCGCAGCCGAUAGUUUAAUAGUGGAAACUGCCUUGGCCAAGUAUCGAUCGGCACUAGUAUCUUUGGUAAAAUACAGCCAUCCGGAGCUCGAUCAUGAAGCUGUAAUGGACCGAAUUCUGGCACUUUUUGGAGUUCUUCCAUAUAUAGAGCUGGUCAGCGAGAUGGACAACAUGCAAUUAGCACAUAUGAUACUUUGCAAUAAUGGUAACAUGCAAGGUCGGCUUACCAAUGCGAUUCAUGUGCAUUCGUCAAGGAUUGAUUGA